AACCAGCACGGGUGUAGGGGUGCUGCUGAGUGGGAUCAGCCACCGGAUUCGUGUGAUUACCAUCGAGAGCCACUCGGGCUACAUCUUCCUGCCCAUCAUUUAGGCUUCUGGGGCUUCUUGGGGCACAAAUCCACCUCCUUCCUUUUGUUCGCCCCCAUCCCCUCUCCUCCUCCACGGGUUCUUCUGAAUCCAACAGAACACCUAGAAAUGGCCCAGAUACUACCGAUACGAUUCCAGGAGCAUCUCCAGCUCCAGAACCUGGGUGUGAACCCGGCCAACAUCGGCUUCAGCUACCUGACCAUGGAGUCAGACAAGUUCAUCUGCAUCAGGGAGAAGGUGGGCGAGCAGAACCAGGUGGUGAUCAUAGACAUGUCGGACCCCACCAACCCAAUACGGAGGCCGAUCUCUGCUGACAGCGCCAUCAUGAACCCUGCAAGCAAGGUUAUCGCAUUAAAAGCUGCCAAAACAUUGCAGAUCUUCAACAUUGAGAUGAAGAGUAAGAUGAAAGCUCACACCAUGACAGAAGAGGUCAUGUUCUGGAAGUGGAUAUCUGUAAACACCGUUGCCUUGGUGACCGAUGCUGCUGUGUACCACUGGAGCAUGGAGGGGGAUUCCCAACCGGCCAAAGUGUUCGAUCGGCACGCCAGUCUGGCUGGAUGUCAAGUCAUUAACUACAGAACUGAUGAGCAACAGAAGUGGUUGCUGCUGAUCGGGAUUUCUGCACAGCAAAACCGCGUGGUUGGAGCGAUGCAGCUGUAUUCAGUCGACAGGAAGGUGUCUCAGCCUAUCGAGGGCCACGCCGCUGCCUUUGGGGAGUUCAAAGUGGAGGGAAAUGCCAAACCUUCCACUCUGUUCUGCUUCGCCGUGCGCUCCCAGGCCGGGGGAAAGUUGCACAUCAUUGAAGUUGGACAGCCGGCUGCAGGGAACCAGCCGUUUUCUAAGAAGGCUGUGGAUGUGUUCUUUCCUCCAGAGGCCCAGACAGACUUUCCUGUAGCUAUGCAGAUUGGUGACAAACAUGGAGUCAUAUACUUGAUCACAAAAUACGGUUACAUUCACCUGUAUGACCUGGAAUCAGGCGUGUGUAUAUACAUGAAUCGAAUCAGUGCAGAGACCAUUUUUGUGACUGCGCCUCAUGAAGGCACCUCAGGGAUCAUCGGCGUUAACAAGAAGGGACAGGUCUUGUCGGUAUGUGUGGAAGAGGAGAACAUAGUCAACUAUGCCACAAACGUUCUGCAGAACCCGGAUCUCGGCUUGAGGAUGGCUGUAAGGUCGAACCUCGCAGGAGCGGAGGAGCUCUUUGCCAGAAAGUUCAACACUUUGUUCGCCCAAGGGAGCUACUCCGAGGCUGCAAAGGUUGCUGCAUCUGCACCGAAGGGCAUCCUGCGAACAGCAGAAACCAUCCGUAAGUUCCAGAGCGUCCCGGCCCAGCCGGGCCAGGCCUCCCCGCUCUUGCAGUACUUUGGUAUUCUGUUGGACCAGGGCCAGCUCAACAAGUUUGAGUCUCUGGAGCUGUGCAGGCCUGUCCUGCAGCAGGGCCGCAAGCAGCUGCUGGAGAAAUGGCUGAAGGAGGACAAGCUGGAGUGCUCCGAGGAGCUGGGAGACCUGGUGAAGGCCACUGACCCAACACUUGCUCUUAGUGUUUAUCUCAGAGCUAACGUCCCCAACAAAGUCAUUCAGUGCUUUGCAGAAACUGGGCAGUUCCAGAAGAUUGUUCUGUAUGCUAAGAAGGUGGGCUACACCCCAGACUGGGUGUUUCUCUUAAGGAAUGUGAUGCGUGUGAAUCCAGACCAGGGACUCCAGUUCGCCCAGAUGCUGAUCCAAGACGAGGAGCCGCUAGCCAACAUCAACCAGGUUGUUGACGUUUUCAUGGAGGGAAGCCUGAUUCAGCAGUGCACCUCUUUCCUGUUGGAUGCUUUAAAGAACAACCGACCAGCUGAAGGACACCUGCAGACGCGUCUGCUUGAGAUGAACCUGAUACACGCCCCCCAGGUAGCAGAUGCCAUCCUGGGGAACCAGAUGUUCACACACUAUGACCGAGCCCACGUUGCUCAGCUGUGUGAGAAGGCGGGCCUGCUGCAGAGAGCUCUGGAACAUUACACCGACCUGUACGACAUCAAGCGAGCCGUGGUGCACACACAUCUGCUCAACCCCGAGUGGCUGGUGAACUUUUUUGGCUCCUUGUCCGUUGAAGACUCGUUGGAGUGUUUAAGGGCCAUGCUGUCGGCUAACAUCAGGCAGAACCUGCAGCUGUGUGUCCAGGUUGCAUCGAAGUAUCACGAGCAGCUGGGAACUCCGGCGUUAGUCGAGCUCUUCGAGUCCUUCAAGAGUUACGAAGGCUUAUUUUACUUCCUUGGGUCGAUUGUGAAUUUCAGCCAGGAGCCCGACGUUCACUUUAAAUACAUCCAGGCUGCUUGUAAAACUGGUCAGAUCAAAGAAGUGGAGCGAAUCUGCAGAGAGAGCAACUGCUACGACCCUGAGAGGGUUAAAAAUUUCCUCAAGGAGGCUAAGCUAACAGACCAGCUUCCCCUCAUCAUCGUGUGCGAUCGCUUUGACUUCGUCCAUGACCUGGUGCUCUACCUCUACAGAAACAGUCUGCAGAAGUACAUUGAAAUCUACGUGCAGAAAGUGAACCCCAGCCGCCUGCCUGUGGUGAUCGGUGGUUUGUUGGAUGUUGAUUGCUCCGAGGAUGUCAUUAAAAACCUGAUCAUGGUGGUCAGGGGGCAGUUUUCUACUGAUGAUCUGGUGGAGGAGGUGGAGAAGAGGAACAGGUUGAAACUUCUGUUGCCGUGGCUGGAGUCGCGUAUCCACGAAGGAUGUGAGGAGCCAGCUACCCACAAUGCCCUUGCCAAGAUCUACAUCGACAGCAACAACACGCCGGAGAAGUUCCUGAAGGAAAACCCGUUCUACGACAGCACCGUGGUCGGCCGGUACUGUGAGAAGAGAGACCCCCACCUGGCCUGUGUGGCUUAUGAGAGAGGACAGUGCGACCUGGAGCUCAUCAAAGUGUGCAACGAGAACUCAUUAUUCAAGAGCGAGGCUCGAUAUCUCGUACGCCGGAAAGAUCCAGAGCUUUGGGCAAAGGUGUUGGAAGAAAACAAUCCUUUCAGGAGACAGCUCAUCGACCAGGUGGUUCAGACGGCGCUUUCUGAGACCCAGGACCCAGAGGAGGUGUCCGUCACAGUCAAGGCCUUCAUGACUGCAGACCUGCCCAACGAGCUGAUCGAGUUGCUGGAGAAGAUAGUACUUGACAACUCUGUGUUCAGUGAACACCGAAACCUGCAGAAUCUGCUGAUUUUGACGGCGAUCAAGGCGGAUCGCACGCGUGUGAUGGAGUACAUUAACAAGCUGGAUAACUACGAUGCUCCUGAUAUCGCUAACAUUGCCAUCAGCAAUGAGCUCUUUGAAGAGGCGUUUGCCAUUUUCAAGAAGUUUGACGUGAACACCUCAGCCAUACAGGUCCUGAUAGAGCACAUUGGGAACUUGGACCGUGCCUAUGAGUUUGCAGAACGCUGCAACGAGCCCGCGGUAUGGAGCCAGUUAGCCAGAGCUCAGCUGCAAAGAGACUUGAUCAAAGAGGCCAUCGACUCCUACAUUAAAGCCGUGGAUCCAUCUGCUUACAUGGAGGUGGUGAACGCAGCCAGCAAGAGCAAUAACUGGGAGGACUUGGUGAAGUUCUUACAGAUGGCUCGUAAGAAAGCCAGAGAGUCGUACGUGGAGACGGAGCUGAUUUUUGCUUUAGCUAAAACGAACCGUUUGGCUGAGCUGGAAGAAUUUGUCAGCGGACCCAACAAUGCUCACAUACAGCAGGUGGGCGAUAGAUGUUAUGAGGAGGGCAUGUAUGAAGCAGCCAAACUUUUGUACAACAACGUGUCCAACUUUGCUCGGCUUGCUUCUACCUUGGUGCACCUGGGAGAGUACCAGGCUGCUGUGGACAGUGCAAGAAAAGCCAACAGCACACGGACGUGGAAGGAGGUUUGCUUUGCGUGUGUAGAGGGAGAGGAGUUUCGGCUGGCUCAGAUCUGCGGUCUUCACAUCGUGAUCCACGCGGACGAGCUGGAGGACCUGAUCAGCUACUACCAGGACCGCGGUCACUUCGAGGAGCUCAUUGCUCUUCUGGAGGCCGCUCUGGGUCUGGAGCGGGCCCACAUGGGCAUGUUUACCGAGCUCGCCAUCCUCUACUCAAAGUUCAAACCACAGAAGAUGAAGGAGCAUUUGGAGCUCUUCUGGUCCAGAGUCAACAUUCCAAAGGUCCUCCGUGCGGCCGAGCAGUCUCAUUUAUGGGCUGAGCUGGUUUUCCUUUACGAUAAAUACGAGGAGUACGACAACGCCGUCAUCACUAUGAUGAAUCAUCCGACGGAUGCUUGGAAAGAAGGGCUGUUCAAAGACAUCAUAGCAAAAGUUGCCAACGUGGAGCUGUACUACAAAUCAGUCUCCUUCUACCUGGACUACAAACCUCUUCUGCUUAAUGACCUGCUGACCAUCCUGUCUCCUCGUCUGGACCACAGCAGAGCGGUCAGCUUCUUCACUAAGAUGGAUCAGCUGCAGCUGGUGAAGCCGUACCUGAGGUCUGUUCAGAACCACAACAAUAAAUCUGUCAAUGAAGCUCUCAACAACCUGCUGACGGAAGAGGAGGACUUCCAGGGACUGAGGGCCUCCAUCGACGCUUACGACAACUUUGACAUGAUCGGCUUGGCUCAGAGGUUAGAAAAACACGAGCUGAUUGAGUUCAGACGUAUUGCUGCUUAUCUUUAUAAAAGAAACAACCGCUGGAGGCAGAGUGUGGAGCUCUGCAAGACGGACAAACUCUACAAGGAUGCCAUGCUGUACGCUGCAGAGUCUAAGGAAGCUGAGCUGGCAGAGACUCUGCUCCAGUGGUUCCUGGAGGAGGGCAGGAAGGAGUGCUUUGCUGCCUGCCUGUUCGCUUCCUAUGACCUCCUGCAUCCUGACGUGGUGCUGGAGCUGGCCUGGAGGCACAACAUCAUGGACUUUGCCAUGCCAUACUUCAUCCAAGUCAUGAGAGAGUACCUCACCAAGGUUGAUGGGUUUGCAGUGAAGGUGACGGUGGACAAACUGGAGGAAUCAGACAGCAAAAGAAAAACUGAUGACGAUGUGAAAGAACCUCAGCCGAUAGUUUUUGCAGGCCAGCAGCUGAUGCUAACCGGCGCUGCCUCUCCUGUUGCCCCCGUCACCCCUCAGCCACCCUACCCAGGCUACAGCUACCCGCCGGCUGCUGCAGGUUACCCCACCCCGCCCGGAUAUGGCUUCAAUAUGUAGAGUGCAAACUCCUCCCCCUUUUCCCUCCGACUCCCGUGUUUUUUCCCCUCCCUGUGCUGCUCUGGGUCCUGGCAAGUGGAGCGGAGAUCAUCAUCUCCUAACAAGACCCUGAUGGUUUUCACUGAAACUACAGCAGAAACCUUCAUGUCACGCUUCACCACACCCUGAUGACACGGUGGCACCAGAGAGAUGAGUGAGACUGGUGGUGGCACCGAGGCAAUUUGAAACCCCGCCCCUCACCUAAAACAGCAUGAAGGGGCCUCAGCUGCUGGAGAAGACGUCUAGUCCCACCAAACCACUCGACCUUCUGGUUAUUCCAUGUAGAUUUAGCCCCCCAGCUCGUUUUGUGUCAUGACCUCUCAGCACUGAUAAAAGAGACUUACCUGAUGAGGAAAGGAGGAAGAGCGUUUGUCUCUUCCUGCUAAAGCACUGUUGCGGCCUUACAUGGAGGCAGCUUGUUUGUUCACAUUUAAACCCACGACUGUCUCAUGCUCUGGUAAAAAUGACAGUUUCUGUGCAAUAGUUUGAUUUGUUCUUUCACAAAGCGGUUUGAGUGUUUGCUGUUCAGACUAAAGACAUUUGCUGUGAAGGGUUUCCAUCUGGGUGUGCACGCACGCACGCACGCACACACACACACACACACACACUGCACCAGGAGAUCCUCGCUGCUGCAGCUGCAAACCUUCAAGAGUCGAUCGACCUUUCAAGAAUCUGCUGGAGUUUCAGGAUGGGUGUGACAGAAAGAGGAAAGAAUAGUCUGUGCAUGUGUCGCCAUAUAAUAAUACUGCUGCCAGGAGCACAAAGUCUCAUUACAGAUGCUGCGUCGUAAACAAAGUGAUGUACGACGACACUUUUCCACCCAACAAACGGGAACAAAGAAAAAGGGUUGAAGCUUCAGAUUUCAAUGAGAUAAAAAAAAAACGUCCUGGUGCCACCUAAAUACAAUUUUAUUGUACUUAACAGUGUAUAAUUUAAAAUACGAUGAAGUACCUAACAAAGUAUAAUAGUGUUGUCGAUGAAGUGUUAGUCCAGAAGUAUAAUGAUUUUUGUAAGAAAAGAAAAGUGAAAAAAUAAAAAUCAGCUGAAUAAACAGAAAAGUCAUGAGGAAAA